AUGUGUAUAGGAGUAGGCAUCCUACUACUACGACCUUUCGUACAUAUCAAUGUAAACAGAAAUAUGCCACAACAACUGGGAACGUGGAUCAUGAAACUGGACGGUUCAGGUAACCUUGUUACAGGUUCUGAUUUUGUUGUAGAUGUCUCAUUCUACAACACCUCUAUUUUCCCAGUCACGUUCAGCCCUCAAAAAGCAUCUUUCUACCAUUAUCCCAUAGGAUCCACCGUGGAAUGCCUUAAGUUCAAUUAUAUUGGUGAGGGUUCUAAAGAACCGAAAUCGAAGCAAGUGGGCGCUAAAUUGCAUAAGGACGUGCUUAUGGACACUGUUGAUGGCCUGAUUCAACUUAAAAGCUUAGUGAUUACGGUGCCUCCAAAGACAUCGCAAUUUGGCAUGUACACAACAAAAGCUCCUGUGGAGGCUUAUUUCGAGAUAGCAAAGGAUAAUAGUACACUGUUAACACAACUGAAACCUCUUUAUUUGGAUUGUAAGAAACAUAAGGCGCUCAUGUUAGCCAUGCGGAUAGAAGGGAUAAACGACACGUUAUGGUUCGUCAAAACACAUGUGCCAGUGAUAUACGAACUACUCCUUCCACUCAACUGUGAAGUGCAAGGGGAAGUAGGCAAGUUGUUUGAGGCGAAACAAAUGAAUCAUACUGGACUGCUGCAGGAUGCAACAAACUUCGUGGAAAAAAAUGUAAGCUAG